UUUUUGGUUUAAAGAUUAGUUUUUUACUUCUUUUUUAGUCAUAGCCAGCCAUGGUCUGAUCUUUAAAACAACAAGAACAUUCUUUCUGUUGCAAAGCAUUAAUAUCUGCUGGAAAAAAUGGAGUCAAGGGAAGCUAUGAAUGCUGGAGUUACAGUGAUAGCUCCAGAAGCUCCAUCAAACUAUCAUAUGGCAUCAAGAACAGAAUCUACUCCGUUACCACCCGGAACAUUGGCGGUGAUUACCCCUCCGGUAGCUACUGCCUUUCCAAUUAGCUCAGAGAAGAAGAAAAGGGGACGUCCUAGGAAGUAUGGGCCUGAUGGGGCAGUUGCAAGGACAAUUUCACCUAUGCCUAUUUCAGCAUCGGCGCCACCAACCUCCGGCAACUUCUUGUCGGAGAAAGUGAGUGUUGCCCGUCCUGCUUCGGAGAAAAAGCCUCGAAACAAAGUUGGGGCUGAAAAUUUAGGUGAAUGGAUUUCAUGUUCCACAGGUGGCAACUUUUUGCCUCACAUGAUCACAGUUGAAGCUGGUGAGGAUGUUACCAUGAAGAUUAUCUCAUUUUCUCAGCAAGGACCUCGAGCUAUUUGCAUUAUUUCUGCUGUUGGUUUGAUAUCAAAUGUCACUCUACGCCAGCCAAAUUCAUCAGGGGGAACUUUAACUUAUGAGGGUCGAUUUGAAAUCCUUUCUUUGUCUGGAUCCUUUACUCCAACAGAGUUUGGGGGUUCUCGUACUACUAGCAGAACCGGAGGAAUGAGCAUUUCUUUGGCAAGUCCUGAUGGUCGUGUUGUCGGAGGUACACUUGCAGGACUGCUAAUUGCUGCUAGUCCCGUCCAGGUUGUAGUGGGAAGUUUUCUACCAAGCAAUUACCAAGAGGCCAAGCCAAAGAAACAGAAAGCAGAACCCAAAGCAAUAGCUUAUGGAACGCUCUCUCCUGCUGCGCCCCAUAGCUCUAAUAUGGAGCCUAGAAGUUCCAAUGCACACACUGUAAAUGUUCCCGGAGCUGGAACUCAAAAUGUUAUUUCUUCUUCCAUUCAACCAAAUCACUGGGCCACCAUGCCAUCUGUUCAAGAUUCAAGAAAGUCUACUACAGAUAUUAACAUAUCAUUGCAAGGAGAGUAAUCUGAUCCCUCUACGUGAAUUCAUUCCCAGAUUCUGAAGCACUUCAUACGCAGUACCUGAAUAGUAUAACUUGUCUGAUCGGCAAUAACUUUUGUUAGGAUAGAAUCUGUUGUUUCAUCUGAAGAGCAUCUAUGAUUAUGGUUCAGUUGCAGAAUCUUUGUUGUAGGGAACUUUUUGAGUGCUGUAACAUUUAACUCGAUUGGUC